ACAGCUCAAGAAGAUGCUUGUUUCUAUUGUUUUAUUUAUCCUUCCAAUUUUUUGAAAUAAAGCUGCGACUUCAACCUAAUUAACCAUGUUUUAGUAAUUAGUGAUAUACAGUCAAAUCUAGUUUAAAGCUAAGGAAAAUGAACCCGCCUCCAUCGCCAUGGAAAAGGCCCAGCGAAGUUAUGCAGCUGCACAAGCUGAAAAAACGAAAACUAGCUUUACAGGAACGGAUGAAACAUCCUUCAGUAUCAACUAGUGAGGAACCCAGUAAUCAAGAAACCAGUGCCUUAGAUUUUUCUAGGCUGUUAGAUGGAGACAAGAGGAAAAACCCAUUUUCAAAGUCAAAUCCUCAGCAAACAAAAAAGGCAAAGACUGACUUUGCAGAACUAGAUGAAUCAAAUGACAAAACACUGUUUGCACUUUUAAAGCUACCUGCAAAGGUAGAGAAGCCUCCACAGGAAUUGGACACAAACAAAUUAUCUACAUUCUCAAAUCUAUUGCAAAAAUUCACUGCAGAACAUUCCGUAGAACCAGAUGUUGCUGUAAAGAAGUGUAAGCAUCUGCCAAUAGACUGGGCCCUCAAAUCAAAACUUAGGUUAAUGUCACCAAAGCCAUUUGCGUGGACCGCAAAACUGAAAGCCAGCGAAGAAGCAUCAGGGAUAACAGGGUUCGUCCGCUGCCUCGACACAACCACCUCAUCGACACUAGACACCUCACCACGAGCCCGCUUCCACCAAACAUGCCUCUACUGGCAGCACCCACAACUCCCCUGGCUCGAGUUGUUCCCCCGAUCAUCGGGCCGCGUGUCUGCGACUAGCUUCCUAGCUGGUAAUGAGGAAGUCAAGCAAGCUCUGCAUACCGAGUGGACUGAGAGCUUUAGAUCGCUUUUUCAGUUGCUUCGCGCUCGCCACUGUCCAUAUUUUUACGUGUGUGCAAAUACGUUCACAUGUCUAUUCCGAGCCGCGGGUCUAUGUGGCGUGUCCGAGCCUUGCGCGCUCAUCAGUCCGACCACGAGGGGCUUCAGGCAGACGCUGCGGCAAGAAGAUGUAGAAUUCACAAUGCCCCUCCGCCCCGACAAAAAGCGGCUAAACACAUCAGACGAAGACCGGCCAAAGAACUCCUCCUUCGACAGUUGCUAUGACACGAUGGACGACACUAACGUGAAACAAGAGGCUCAAGAUGAAGGAUCGGGAGACGAAGAUCCUGAUGCGUUCCUGUCACAACUGGGUUUGGAGACAGCUAUGCUGAAUAGGAUCAAUAACCAGCAGGCCCGAAUAGUCCAGACAGCCGAGAGUAGCGUCGACAGCGCGGCCGAAUCGCUCGUGUUCGCUCGAGGCGCCGACGCCCAAGCUCUGUUCAACUUCCUGCUCAACUGCAAAUCCAUCAUUGCGGCUACUGGCCCGCUCGCUGGUGUCCCGCCUACGUUACUAGCGCCUACUGCGUUCCAUGGAGGGACGUUGCAAUCACUAAACGUCCGCGAAAGUGUUCUACACUCGGACAACAAGAAGUACUUCUCGAUCGAGCUGCGAGGGCCCAUCCUCCCAACCACCAUUCACUCUCUGUUUGACGUGCUGAAAGACUCCGGCGCGCAAUUCAGUGCCACUUUCGCGCAUCAUACGCCGACUGUGGCUUUCUCGUGGGCGGCCAAAGGCAUCGCACAAGACGAGUCCUCAAAGGAGAACGAGCCCAACCACUUUGCCAAAGCAUUCAAUAAGGAGAACCUCUCCGACUGCGGGAUCAGUGAAGAGAUGCUGCAGCACUUCUGCUCCUCGGACCCGAGCAUAGUGAAGCCGCUGGACAGCGUCAAGUACAACGCCGAAGACAAUACUUACACGUGGUGACCUGUUUCUUAAUGAUUUUAUUUUUGAUUAGUCCCCGAUUCACCGGAUUCCUUUACUGUCGUCGUUUCCUAAAAAAACUGCCUUUUGAAAAAUUACAGUUUAGGUAGACUUACCACGAUUUGACACUGAGAUUCGCUAUUUUUUUAUUUUAUCA